AUGGUAGAGGACUUAGCAGCUUCCUAUGUUGCUCUGAAAUUGGAGAAUGAAAUUCUGCAGGCUCAAGUGAAGAGGCUCGUGGAAGAAAAUGCUGCCCUCCAGGCCCAGAUACCAGAGCUCCAGAAGUCCGGAGCAGCCAGAGAGCAUGAACCACCCCGAAAGCCCUCAGAGGCCCAAGAGCCCCCAGAUUCCCCAGUGCUACUGGAACUUCCAGCAGCCAGGGCAUCACAAAGCCCCUGGGAACCUCCAGCAACCACAGAGCCCAGGGAUCCCACAAAGAUCAGAGAGCCCAGGGAACCCUCAGCCCUUAGCGAGCUCAGGGGACCACCAGAGAUCAAGGAGUCCAGGGAACCCCCAGAGAUCAAGGAGUCUGGAGGACCCUCAGCCAUCACAGAGUUCAGGGGAUCCCCAGGGAUCAAGGAGCCCCAUUCAUCCCCAAAGUUCAAGGAGUACUGGGGACCACAGGAGCUUCCAAAGGUCAAGGAGUCCUGGGAGCCCCCAGACCCCCUGGAUUCCACACUCGCAGCCUGGAAGGCUUCAGCAGUCAAGGAACCCCAGGAGAUCCAGAAGGCUCUGGAGUCCCCAGCAACCCAGAAGCCCCAGCCGUCCCCAAGGGGUUAUGAUCUCCCAGCAGUCUGUGAGGCAGAGCUCACAGACAACCAGGGUACCCCAGCCUUCAAGAAGGUCCAGAAUUCACAGCUCCACAACUCUACAAGUGAUGAGGAGUCUCAGACGGUUUCAGAAUACCAGAACACCUCAGUACAGCUGGAGUACCUUCCAGCUAACCAGGAGACUCUGGAGCCUUGGGUGCCCCAGGAGCCCCUGGACCCCUCAGAUGCCAAGGAGUUCCUAGAACUCUCAGUACCUGAAGAAUCCCUAGAGGGCCUAAGAGUUGUGAGAACAGGAACAGAACAGGUCCACCGUGAAUUAGAGGCUGCAACUUUGCCCCUAGAGUACCCUUUGGCCUUCAGUGAGGAUUUUCAGAAACUCUCUGAGUUUUUAGUUCAGUUAAACCGCUACCUGAGAACCAGAGGGUAUCCCACUGAAGCAGCUCUAGUGAGCUUUGUUAGCAGCUUCUUCUCAGGUGAAGCAGGAAGGUUGUUCCAGCCCUUAUUAGAUAGUCAAAACCCCCUGCUGGAGCAACUUGAAAGGCUCCUGCGAGCACUCCAAGAUAUUUUUGACAAUCCAGAAAGUUUGGAAGUUGCUAACCAGGGCCUCCCUCAGCUUCGCCAAGGGGAAGGCCUUGCUCCCAGAUACUCAUCCUGCUUCCACCUCAUUGCUCAAGAGUUAAAUUUGGGUGAAAGCACACUCUGCAUCCAACUUCAAGAAGAGCUUGCCAGUUCUAUUCAAAAUGAACUGUCUUGCACAAAUCCAGCCACCAACCUAUCUGAUGUGAUCAUUGAGUGCGUCACCCUAGAAGAGAAGACAAGUGGCGGGGCUGGUUCCAGUUUAUCAUCCUCUGAAGAGGAAAAUGGGUCAGAGAGUCCACCCACUGAAAACCAGCCUGUUCAAGCUACAAGUAAUCGCCCCCAUCUCAGCGAGGCUGAACGGGCCAGACGCCUCGAAGGCCACUUGUGCCUCUACUGUGGCCAUCCUGGUCAUUUUGCCAGAGACUGCCCUGUCAAGCCUCACCGUGCCCAGCAGGCGGGAAACAUGGAGGCCCGGCGGUAA